GGUGGCCGAGCUUCUCCCGCCAUGGAGAGCGCAGCGGCCCGCGAGGCCCGGGGGGCCGAGACCCCGCGCGCGCCCGCGCCCGCGCCCCCGCCCUCGCCCUCGCCCUCGCCCUCGGAGCCCCCGGCCGCGCCCCGCGCCCGCCCGCGCCUGGUUUUCCGCACGCAGCUGGCGCACGGGAGCCCCACGGGCAAGAUCGAGGGCUUCACCAACGUCCGCGAGCUGUACGCCAAGAUCGCUGAGGCCUUCGGGAUCGCACCCACCGAGAUCUUAUUCUGCACCCUCAACAGCCACAAAGUGGACAUGCAGAAGCUCCUAGGAGGUCAGAUAGGCCUGGAGGACUUCAUCUUCGCCCACGUGCGAGGCGAGACCAAGGAGGUGGAGGUCACUAAAACAGAGGACGCCCUGGGGCUGACCAUCACGGACAACGGGGCCGGCUACGCCUUCAUCAAGAGAAUCAAGGAAGGCAGUAUCAUCAACCGGAUCGAGGCGGUGUGCGUGGGAGACAGCAUCGAAGCCAUCAACGACCACUCCAUCGUGGGCUGCCGCCACUACGAGGUGGCCAAGAUGCUCCGGGAGCUUCCCAAGUCCCAGCCCUUCACCCUGAGGCUGGUGCAGCCCAAGAGGGCCUUCGAUAUGAUCGGCCAGAGAAGUCGGUCCAGCAAGUGUCCCGUAGAGACGAAAGUGAGCAGCGGGAGGGAGACCCUGCGGCUUCGUUCUGGGGGGGCCGCCACGGUGGAGGAAGCGCCCAGUGAGUUUGAGGAGGAGGCUUCUCGGAAGGUUGAUGACCUGCUGGAAAGCUACAUGGGCAUUCGGGACCCCGAGCUGGCGUCCACCAUGGUGGAGACGUCCAAGAAGACAGACAGUGCCCAGGAGUUUGCACGCCAUUUAGACUCCGUCUUGGGCGAGUUCGCCUUCCCCGACGAGUUUGUGGUGGAGGUGUGGGCCGCCAUUGGAGAGGCCAGGGAGGCCUGCGGCUAGCCUGCCCCGGGGGGCCCCAGCCCAGCCCCAGCCCGGAGCCCAGCCCCCUCCCCCAGCCCUGCUCCAGAACCCCACCCAGCUUGGAGGCCAAGUUCCUUUCUAGAACCCAAUCUAGUUGGGAGCCCCACCCCAGCUCCAGAACCCUGCCCUUCUCUAGAAUCCAGCCUAGAUCUGAGGCCAAGCUCUGUGCUAGCGUCCAGACCAGCUCUGAGACGAAGCCCAGCAUGGAGACCAAGCCCUAUUCUAGAGCCCAGGCCACCCCUGAGACAAAGCUCAGCUCUAGAACCCAGAUGAGCUCUGAAACCAUGCCCAGCUCUAGAACUCACAUGAGUUCUGUGACCAUGCCCAGCUCUAGAAUCCAGAUGAGUUCUGAGACCAAGCCCUGUUCUAAAACUCAGUUCGCCUCUGAGACCAAGCCCAGCUCUAGAACUCAGAUGAGCUCUGAGACCAAGCCCAGCACUGACACCAACCCCUGUUCUAGAACUCAGACCAGCUCUGAGGCCAAGCCCAGCUCCAGAACCCAGAUGAGCUCUGA